AUGGAGAACAACUGUUUCACAAAUAGAAUGAAUGAAGAGAGCAUCUCAUCAGGAAGAUUGAAUCUAAUUUCGUCACCAGUCAAGAUUUCACUAUUAGGAACAAAUACAAAACAAGAUACAACGCCUAUACAGAUGGAGUCUACAAUAAGUCAAGCUGAAGGGAAAGAAAACUUUGCUAUGAUUUCAACACAAUUCUCAAGCCUUGUUCAACAAUUAUCCAAAAUUUACACCGAAAUUGGGUAUUCAAAAAGUGAUGUAUCCAAAAAUGAGAAAAAGUUGUUCAGCUCGGUCUCUAACACCCUUGAUCAAUUUCUCAAUGAUUCCAUCAACUUCAAAGACUCAUUAAUUAAAGAGAAUGGUGAAAUAAUACAAAAUCUAAAGAUAAUAUUAAACAUACUAGAUGAUCAAACAGGUUCCAGAACAAUUCCAGAUCUGUAUAUCAGAAACCUCAUACUCAAACCUUCUCAAGAAAACUCAACGCUGCUAAGCAUUAGAAAGUCCUUGGAAAUGGCGAUAACGCAUGUUUCGAAAAAAUAUCAAGAGAUCAUGCUGAAGUAUCUGGCCCAAUGUUUAGGCCUCAAUAAAUUGUUGGAAAGGCUAGAAAAUCACAACUUCAAAGAGAUACAAAUACCAAACUUAGAUAACUCAAUAAGCAUAUGCAAUGUCUUUGAGUCAGCAACUUCACCUUCUGAAAUUUAUGAAAUGAUUUCAGCAGAUCCCAAAACAUUUUUUGAAAAUGAGUCCCUAAAAGAUUUAUCCAUCAGAAAGUUUGAGUCCAUUUCAGACCAGAUCAAAAUUCACGAACAGUUUUUGAAGGAAAGAAUCAACUUUCUCAAAGAGAAAUCUAAUGAGAUUUUGGGUCUAUGGGAAACAUUAGCAAUUGAUUAUACUGUUGAUUACGCUUCUCUAAGUGAUCAAGUGAUAUUUCAUGCGAAAUCGGAUGCUGAUGUUGAAUCUUUGACCGUUGGAGCCUCUGUUGUGAAUCAAUUUGAUCAAAUUCUUGGAGAGUUGAAAGAGUUGUAUGAGACCAGGUUUCAGCAAAAACAGAAGUAUCAAGUACAAUGCGAAGAGUUAUGGGUAAAACUAAAUGAAGAUGAAACUCAAAUUGCACAUUUCAAACAAUCAAAUCAGUCUCUAUCUAUUCAAAGCAUAGAUAACUACUCAAGAGAGCUACAAAGAUUGUUAGAAUUGAAAAAGCUGCUUUUAAAAGAUUUGAUAUUAGAUGCAAGAAAUACGAUUGAGACACUUUGGGACAAGUUGCUUUAUUCCACAGGUGAAAGAGACAAAUUCACAGCAUUUCAUCAGGAAACUUUUGAUGAUGAUCUUUUGACAUUGCAUGAAAGUGAAAUUGAGAUUUUAAAUAAGAAAUACGAAUCAUACAAACCAAUUUUAGAAUCAGUACAACAAUUCAAAGACCUCAUGAGUGAUAAAAAAAAGUUGGAGGAAAGUUCAAAAGAUUCAUCAAGAUUGUUACAAAGAAAUUCUCACAAGAUUUUGAUGGAAGAAGAGAAAAUAAGGAAAAAAUUAGCUAGACAACUACCAAAAAUAGUUUCCUCGUUGAAGUUGAAACUCUCAGAAUUUGAAAAAGAUUAUGGUACUUCCUUCUCAUUCUUAGAUACUGAAUUGAUGAGUGAGCUGGAAGAGCAAGAACAAUCUUUGGAAUCAAAAAACUCCAGAAGAGUUGUUAGUGGUGGAUCAACAGCACCAACAAGAUCAUCUUCAAGAGCACCAACACGACCAACAACCAGGGCACCAUCUAGACAGCCUUCAAGACAGCCUUCAAGAAUGACAUCUCGUGCUACAUCAAGAGUAACUUCUCCAACCAAACCAGUGCCAGCAACAACUAAUCCAAGAUACCCACCACCAACUCAAGGAAUAAGAAAACCAGCUGUUCCAACCUUUAAAAGACCAACGCUGGGAACAAAGCCUUCAAUUCAAACUUCUCAAUCUUGUCUAUUGCCGAAAUUAUCAUCUCCACCUAAAGAUACCAAAUUGAACAUUAUGCCAGAUAUGAUCAAAGAUCAUACAAGAGCAGGAAUAAGAAGGACUCCAAUUAGGGCAAUACCCUCUUUCCAAAGAAGUACCAGCUCUUUCCAGCCACGACUAUCAAGAUUAGAUGAACAAGUCAGUGGAAGUCCAAAAGCUAGAAGAACAAGAUUAUCGCCUUUGAAAGAGUCAACACGUUCAAAUUUACCUGUUUUAUCCAAAGGAUCCAAUAAUAUUGUUACGUCGCCUUUAAAGUCUUUGAAAAAAGAUGGAUAUAGUUCAGAAGAGAAAGAGCACAAAGCUAUGGAUCUGAUCAGUUCUGACGACGAAGAAGAUAAUGAUACAUAUUCAAGAUGGAGAAGAGAACAAUUGCAAAAAUUGAAUAAACCUUCGAUUAAUCUGAGUCAAGAUACUUUUUAA